AUGCUUGUUUCAUGGGCAUUUUUAGGAUUCAUCAUUUUGGAUAGUAUUGAUGCGUCAGAGGAAGAUUCAUGCCUGGCAAGGUGGGUGAAUGACGAUCACAUCCACCCAAACUGUGUAAUUAAGAAAGUCACAUUCAACCAGUCAAGUGGUUCUAGCCUUCCACAUCUGUGCUUAUUUGCAUUAGUGGAUAUUAGACCUGGUGCUGAAUUGAGAUACGAUUAUGGCGUUGACAACUUACCAUGGCGACAGGAGGAUGCUGCCAGACAGAGGGAACGUGAGACGGCAGAGCAAUUGGUGAAUACAGCAGAACGGAAACGUUUGAGAGAGGAGGCUGAGUGGGAGGCUGAGUGGGAGGCCGAGAAACGAAAGAGGGAAGAACGAGUUAGACAAGAAGAGGAGGAACAGAGGAGGACGGAGGAAGAAGAAGAAAGGAUUAGGGAUUUGAAAAUUCAGUCACAGUCAUAUACACCGGAUAGUGAAGAAGAAAGUGAAGAAGAAUUCUUCCCAAGAAGUUUGAGAAACAAGACUUCUAAUAGGGAAAUUAACUCCAACAGACAACAGAAAAAAGUGGCACCUGUGAUGGUUGAAAGUGACAGUGAGAUCAACUCCAAUGGAAAGAAGAAAUUGGUAGAAAGUGAAGGUGAUAUCAAGUCUAACCGAAAACUGGGAAAAAAAGCACCUGCGAUAGUAGAAAGUGACAGUGACAAAGAAGAUGAGCCAUAUGUGGCACCUGUGAUGGUUGAAAGUGACAGUGAGAUCAACUCCAAUGGAAAGAGGAAAUUGGUAGAAAGUGAUGGUGAUAUCAAGUCUAACCAAAAACUGGGAAAAAAAGCACCUGCGAUAGUAGAAAGUGACAGUGACAAAGAAGAUGAGCCAUAUGUGGCACCUGUGAUGGUUGAAAGUGACAGUGAGAUCAACUCCAAUGGAAAGAGGAAAUUGGUAGAAAGUGAUGGUGAUAUCAAGUCUAAUCGAAAACUGGGAAAAAAGGCACCUGCGAUAGUAGAAAGUGACAGUGACAAAGAAGAUGAGCCAUAUGUAGCUGCAUCAAAUACAAAACCCAACGGACCAAGGAAAUGGGAUUGAUAUUCAUACUGUCUAUAUUGCGGUAAGAAGCAGUCACAGCUUAAACGCCAUCUGUUACGAAAGCACACAGAUGAGUCAAUGGUUGCAGAAGCCCAGGCAACAGUUGAUGAUAACAGAAAAACGCAAAUAUGGUCAAAAAUAAAGAAAUUAGGGGACUUUGAGCACAAUCAAAAGGUACACAUUGGAGAAGCAAUGGAUUUAAAAGUAACAAAGAGGCCUAAAUAUAAAGCGAAAUAUGAUGUGAAUGAUUACGUCCCAUGCUCUUAUUGUUACGGAUAUUACCAUAUUCAUUCCCUGUACAUUCACAGAAAAAAUUGUAAAGCAAAAGAUGGAAGCAAGAACAAUGCAACAAACAAAAACAUGCAUGUGAAAAGUGGUAGAGCUCUUAUACCUAUGAAGCAUAGCACAACAAGUCAAUGUCGCAGAGCAGUUGAUUCAAUGGGUUGCAAUGAUAUAUCACUAAUAAUAAAAAAUGAUCAAGACAUCCUUGGUGUUGGACAGAAUCACUUAGGAAAAAGCAAUUCUGCUAAGAAGGAAGAAACAUGCAGAGAAAAAAUGAGGACAGUCGCAAAAAUUCUACAAGCAGCAAGAAGCAUUGACACAAGUAUUGUAAAUGCGUCAGACAUGCUUACUCCUAGCAAAUUUGAUACUGUAGUUAAGGCUUCUCUUGUUGUAAGCAAAUAUGAUGAAGGCACACAAAAACAUGGGGCAUACUCUACUGCUCUCAAGCUUGGACCAUUUCUUAAAGUCCUGGUGGUGGUUGUCAGGGGCAAGUAUUCCAGACAACAUAUGGAAGACCAUGUGAAGACGGUCAAUGAAUUUGAAAGGUUGCUUGUUGAUGAGUGGAACAUUCAUGUGACUUCCUCUGCACUGCAGCAGCGCACCGAGAAGAAUUGGAAAAAACCUAGGACACUGCCUCUCACACAAGAUGUUGUUAAAUUUAACAAGUAUCUUGCAGAAACAGAGAAAGAAAUAAAGACAGACAUAGAAGAAGCUGGCAUGUCACCAGAUCUAUACAGAGAUUUGGCCAAUGUAACUCUAGCGCAAAUUGUAACAUACAAUAGAAGACGACCUGGGGAAGUAGAAAGAAUGAAAGUAGAUGAAUACAGAGAGCAGAUCACCAAGACUGACAUAUGCCAUGAUGAAAUUUUCAAGACUCUCACAAUGUCAGAGAAGGCAGCAAUGAAUCGGCUGAAGAUGGUAAAGGUCAGAGGCAAGAGAGGAAGGGGAGUUCCAGUCUUUUUGACUGAAAACACAAAACAGAGUGUGGAUAUGAUAAUAGACUACCAUGACCAAAGGCAAAGAGAUGAUGAGCCACGCAGAUACAUAUUCUCUCGAGCAUGUGACACUGCUAGUACUCCGUACAGAGCCUGUGACGCAAUGAAAACACUUACUGAUAAGGCAGAUCUUAUCAAGCCAGAAAAUGUCAGGUGUACACGACUACGGAAACAUAUAGCAACUACGUCCCAGCUGCUGAACUUAAAUGAUCAUGAGUUAGAGCAGUUGGCCAAUAUGAUGGGUCAUGAUGUUCGUAUUCAUCGAGAAUAUUACAGACUUCCGCAAGAUGUCCUGCUGUUGGCAAAGGCUAGCAAACUACUCACAAUAUCUGCAAAAGGUGAAAUGCACAAAUAUGCUGGAAAGUCACUUGAGGAAAUUGAGCGGAGUCCAGACGACACUGUAGAUCUAGAUGAAACCGACCAAACAAUGUCGGGAGACACACAGACUGAAUAUAGUGAUGAAGAGACUGGACCUCGUGAUGUAGACAAGAGCCCUGGAGGAAGCGAUGCAGAAACAGUAGUUAGUGACAGUGAAGAGUCUGAAGUCUUUGAAGAGGUAAGCAGACGUACCCAAGCAAAAGUAAAGCGUGUAGGCAGAAAAUACAACAGGUGGACAGAUGAACAGACACAAUAUCUCAAAUCCAGGGAAGAAGUCAAGAAAAUGUUGAAGACUAAAACUGUGCCAGGAAAACUGGUUGGAUUACAAAUCAUACAAAAGAGUAAGGGACUGCUGAAAGACAAGAACUGGAAAGAAGUUAAAUUCAAAGUCCAUACUUUAAACCAACUUGAAAGGAAGAGGUUGCAGAAGAAGGAAAAGAUGUAUGUGAAAAAGUAAGCAGGGUGUUGUGGAUGGACCUCUCCUUUGACAGCUGAAUUAAUUGCGACAUACCUGCAUUUUGUACCAUUUUUUCUUUUUUUGUUUGUAUUGAAGUGUUACAAAAAUUUGAUAUAGGUUUUAGUUUAGGGAAAAGAGUUCAUAUUUUACCUAAAUUCAGUAUCAGUAUGGUACAUGCUGCAAAUCACAUCAUGGUUGAUUAUUACACAGAACACCUCUACACCAAGUGCAGUUGGUAGAUGCUUCCAAUAAUAUUGGAAUGAAUUUUGAAAUACUGGCCUUUCAAGUUAUCAAAUACCUUACCUAUGGUAUGUGUCAGUGUUGUCUCAAUACUCAAUUGCCCAUUUUCAUUUUUUUUUUCAGAAAGUAAGUGUUUCCUAUUACUUUAAUUAAGUUUAAGAAAUCUGUACAGUAAAAGAAAUGUCCUGCAUUCAAAGCAUUUGGUGAUGGAUAUCCAAGAAUUGUUAUGUUGGUUUCGUUGAUUUGCGGAUGUAACACUGACACCUGAUGUUUCCAAAUCAACCAAAUGCUUCAUCUAUCAUGAGUCCCUGUGAUUUCACUUGAUACCAUUGGUUGACUGUCUCAUGUAAAUAUGUUGUACAAGUGCAUCAAUUAAGGGUGGUGGAGGGAUAAUGUUUUAUCCAAUAUGUUUUAUCUCGUAACUCGUGAACAACUCUGAUGGGAAGUGCAUGAGUGUAUACAUUUUCUGACAGGAAAUUACACAAUAAAUCCAUUGGUGACUCCAUUUAAAUCACACAAAAAACCUGCUUUUAACCCAAUUUUUUGGACCACCAUUAUAAAGUAACUUUACAGGGAAAUUUUUUUUUUAAUGUAACAUUAAUCCAGGCACUUGAACCUCAUUUACUACUCUCAGUUGUUUCAAACUCGUACCUAUUGUCCAAAACAUUGACAAAUAUUUUUUUGAAAAUGUCAUUCCCAAGUUUGAGUUUAUGCAUCAUGGGUUAUGAAAACAAACUCAAGGACCUACUUUAAUACAAAAAAUUAAAACUAAAAUUUAGUUGCUACUGUAUAUUCUGCAUGAAAGUUUACCAAGGAGAUGCUUUAUUUUGGUGUCUGGAUUAGUU